GCUGUGGGAAGAUGGCGGCGGCCAUGGGAGCCUGGGCCUGGCCGGUCACCUUUGGGCGGCUGGUGUCCUCCUGCAGCCGCAGCAUCCUGAGGUCGUCGGGCCUUGGCGCGGCCUCCCUGUGGUCUGCUUCCGGAAGGUUCCACUCGCAGAGCACGUCAUUCCCAGCAGGCUAUGUUCCCAAAACGUCCCUGAGUUCGCCGCCUUGGCCGGAAGUCGUCCUGCCGGACCCGACGGAGGAGGCCCGACACCACUCAGAGGUGGUGGCCAGGGUGAACCAGCUGAUCGCCGGGGGCCAGUACGGCCGCCUCUUUGCUGUGGUGCACUUCGCCAGCCGCCAGUGGAAGGUGACCUCCGAGGACCUCAUCCUGAUCGAGAGCCACUUGGACGCGGCGUGCGGAGAGAGGAUCCGGCUGGAGAAGGUGCUGCUGGUCGGAGCUGACGACUUCACACUCCUGGGCAAGCCGCUGCUGGGACGGGAUCUUGUCCGCGUAGAAGCCACAGUCAUUGAGAAGACAGAAUCGUGGCCAAAAGUCAACAUGAAAUUUAAGAAGAGGAAAAACUACAAGAGGAAAAGAAUAAUCGUGAGCCCCCAGACGGUCCUGCGGAUAAACUCCAUCGAGCUUGCCCCGUGCUUGUGCUGACGGCGCGUGUUGCACGCUGUGAGAAUAAACUGCGGAGACCCG